AUGACUUUGGCUGCUCUUGCUAAUCUGUUUGAGUCCAGACUACAGAACUUCCAGACCUCAUUUACGCUUGAUCGGUUCGAUCUUAAGACCUGGGGGAACUGCCUGAAGUUCUUUAAGCAACCUGACGACUUCGGGAAAACCCCUAAAGAGGAAAUCUGCAUACCUGGCAUGCGUCGUCCACUAAGCCCUUACCAGGCCUACGCGGCCUACUGGAUGCUGACCACGGAGAAAACCCUGAAUGGAGGAUAUCUCGCGGACGCGAUGGGCUUAGGCAAGACCCGGACCGCCAUUGCACUUUGUGUUGUUAGCCGCUGGUUACAGGUAGCCACACAGGCUGUGGAGGAGUCACGCGCUGCUGAUGACGGCAAACAUCUCUCACUUGACGGCCAAGGGCCUGAGGAUGUGUGCCCAAGCGCGGCAGAUUUUCCCAUAUGCUGUCCAUGCGUGCAGUCGGGCCCUACUGCCCGAUACAUAUCGACCCGUGAUGGCUUGAAUUUGAUUCUCGUCCCUCGUCGCCUCAUUUCUGUGUGGGAGAAGGAGUGGACUAACACAGUUGAAGCACACCAAUUACUGCGUAUGACGCUGCUCCUUGGGCAUAGUAAUUCAAUCAAGGGAAUUCCCUUUGUUAAGGGUUAUAGGGACAAGCGUGAGCUUAUGAUUACUGAGGUUGAACGGUGGGCCGCAGCAAAAGCUUGCAUGAAGAGCUUAGAUGAGAGUCGACAUACAGAGCAAAAUCAAGCAGAUUUUGCUGCCUGUCAACUGGGCAAGGGUACCAUUCCUAAAGACGCAGGCCGGUUUGUGAUCCUCACAACUCCUCAAAGUGUUGAGAGGCAGGUGCUGCAACCCUUGACUAUCAAAGAAAUAGUCCCCACCCCUGCAAGUGGCCCGGGCUCCAAGCCUAAACAAGUUCAAAGAGUCAGUGUGCUCGGCGCGCGAUUUGCGCGUGCAAUCCGGGAUGAGUGUCAUGAGGAGAAGGGUGAAAAAGGAGGGCUUACUGUUGCUGUUCUUAAGGGUUUGAAUUCGCCAGCUAUAUGGCUGCUAAGUGGCACACCAUUUGAGACAUCGCCUGGUGAUAUAGCCGCCUACAUCGGUGUGCUGGAGACUGACAAGUGGGAGGAGCACCCAACACUGCGAUACUGUACCUCUGAACAGAUUUGGAACCUCGGUCGGCAAUUCUCCAAGAAGGCAAAUAAGCAUGAUGCUCAGCUAGGGCCUGUCAUUCAAAAAUUCAAACUGAUCCUCACCACACUGGGGUUUAUUCGGCGGACUGUUGACACCAGAUGGUUUGGUGCAUCAAUUAUCGAACUGCCUCCGGAUAAAAAAGUUGAUAUGGAUUGCCCCGUCCCAGGUGAAUACCUUGAUACAAUCAGACCGAUGGAUUCCGACCUUUUGAGUGAACUGGAUAGGAUCCAAGUCGCCAAACAAGAAGCUCGGAAGGCAGGCAAGGAGCACAGAGGGAAACUUAGUCAAGCAGGUUUGCGGAAGUUAAUACAGCUCCGAAUCCUUACUAGCUUCCCAGGACUUGUGGAUCUUGCUCCCCAGAUAGGUGGUCUUGAUAAGCUACCGUACUCUUGGAAGGAUCUUGUUGAAUGGUGUAAGGCUGAGACGGGAUGUGCUAUUGCAAAGAACCUAGCUAUGGUUACAAGUAGGUCGUCGAAGUUCAAGCAUCUGUGUGAUAUGGUCAGGGAGGGCCUUACAGAUAUAAAUGGCCGACCGGAGAAGCUCUUGGUGAUGACGAAGCAUCCUGUCACGGUAUACAUCUUACAGCUGGCCUUGGCAGAUGCGUUUCCGGAUCAGUACGUGAAGUCCUUAUUAGCAGCCGAUAAGGAUCGCCAGCUGUAUGUGGAUGCCUUUCAGAAUCACGACACCGGAACUGAAGUCACUGAGGAAGGUGUGAAGAUUCGAAGUCCAGGCAUCCUUGUGUCCACCACUGGGGUCAUUGGGACUGGCUAUACCUGUACUCGUGCCUUCCGGGCCGUCCUCUUUGAGCCUGACUAUCUGGAAGGUGUCGAAGACCAGGCGUUUGCGCGGAUUCGCCGAUUAGGCCAGAAGAAUCCACAUACAUUCUGCUUCCGCUUCAUCGUGCCAAAUAUGGAAUAUGAACAGCGGAUCUUCACACGGCAAGGUAAUCGCCGGAAAUUAACAGCGUCGGCUGAGCAGAGCAGCACACUUCCGGCUAAACCCAUCACUAUGGAGGAUCUCCGGGUUGACUUCCUGGCCCUAAAUGGCGCCAUUGAUGCGUGA